AGUUCUCUCCAUUGCUAGCUGAGGCUCAGCGGAACUUCUGUAAAACUCAAGCAUACUAAAACGGACUCCUGCGAUCGAACCUGAAGGCGACGAUGAUAUAAUGGCAGAUAUUCUCGUAUAUAAACUUCAAUCAGGAACAAAAUCAGUUUCAGUGUUGGAGCGAACUUCGGUGCUCUCCUCCACGUAGUUGGUCCAGUAAAGCAUGAAGUCUUCAGCCUCCAGAUUAUCAACGUUCUCCUCCAGGGAUUCCUUAUGGAACCGGAUGCCCGAUCAAAUAUCGGUGUCGGAGUUCAUCGCCGAGACGACCGAGGACUACAACUCGCCUACCACAUCCAGCUUCACCACCAAGCUGCUCAACUGCAGGAACACGGCGUCUCUGCUCGAGGAGACAUUAGAUUUGGACAAAAAUGCACUACAAAAAGUAAAGAAAUCGGCAAAAUCAAUAAACACUUCAGGUCAAGAACAUGUGCAAAAUGAAGAGAACUAUGCACAAGCACUAGAUAAAUUUGGUAGUAAUUUCUUAAGUCGUGAUAAUCCAGAUCUUGGCACAGCCUUUGUUAAAUUCUCCACACUCACAAAGGAGCUUUCAACGUUGCUGAAAAACUUGCUGCAGAAUCUUAGUCAUAAUGUCAUCUUCACUUUGGAUUCACUAUUGAAAGGAGACCUCAAAGAUGUCAAGGGGGACCUGAAGAAGCCUUUUGACAAGGCGUGGAAGGAUUAUGAAACAAAAUUUGCUAAAAUUGAAAAGGAGAAACGAGAGCAUGCAAAGCAGCAUGGGAUGAUUCGGACUGAAAUUACAGGAGCGGAAAUAGCAGAAGAAAUGGAAAAGGAACGACGGGUAUUUCAGCUCCAGAUGUGUGAGUAUCUCAUUAAGGUGAAUGAAAUCAAGACAAAAAAGGGUGUGGAUCUACUUCAGAAUCUAAUCAAGUAUUAUCAUGCUCAAUGCAAUUUCUUUCAGGAUGGCUUAAAAACAGCAGAUAAACUGAAACAAUAUAUUGAGAAACUGGCUGCUGAUUUAUACAAUAUUAAGCAAACGCAAGAUGAAGAAAAGAAGCAACUUUGCACACUCCGUGAUAUGCUGAAAUCCUCACUGCAGAUGGAACUAAAAGAGGAUUCUCAAAGCAGACAGUCAGGCUACAGUAUGCACCAGCUUCAAGGUAACAAGGAGUAUGGAAGCGAGAAGAAAGGGUACCUCUUGAAGAAAAGUGAUGGCCUUCGAAAAGUUUGGCAGCGAAGAAAAUGUACAGUCAAGAAUGGCUACCUGACUAUAUCACAUGCAACUACCAACAGGCAGCCAGCGAGACUAAAUUUACUGACAUGCCAGGUGAAGCCCACUGCAGAUGAGAAAAAAUGUUUUGACUUAAUAUCACACAACAGAACCUAUCAUUUUCAAGCAGAUGAUGAGCUGGAAUGUCAAGUAUGGAUAUCAGUAUUAACUAACAGCAAAGAGGAAGCAUUAAAUAUGGCAUUCAGAGGAGAGCAGACCAGUGGAGAGAAUAGCAUAGAAGAUCUAACUAAAGCCAUCAUUGAAGAUGUGCAGCGGAUGCCUGGCAAUGAUAUCUGUUGUGAUUGUGGAGCACCAGAUCCAACUUGGCUGUCAACCAACCUAGGAAUUUUGACAUGUAUAGAAUGUUCAGGAAUACACCGAGAAAUGGGAGUACAUAUUUCGAGAAUACAGUCACUAGAACUGGAUAAAUUAGGAACCUCUGAACUCUUGCUGGCCAAGAACGUAGGAAAUACCAGUUUUAAUGAAAUUCUGGAAGCCAGUCUGCCGCAUCCAUCACCAAAGCCCACUCCACACAGUGACAUGACUGCACGUAAAGAAUACAUUCAUGCAAAGUAUGUAGAUCAUAAGUUUGCCAGAAGAUUGUGCAACUCUUCUGCAGCUAAGAUGAAUGAGUUGUUAGAAUCUGUGAAAUCAAGAGAUUUACUUGCACUAAUUCAAGUCUAUGCAGAGGGAGUUGAACUAAUGGAACCACUACCUGAUUUUGGCCAGGAGCCAGGAGAAACAGUGCUUCAUUUAGCAGUACGAACUGCUGACCGGACUUCUCUCCACCUAGUUGACUUCCUUGUUCAGAACAGUGGCAAUCUGGACAAACAGACCACUAAAGGAAACACCGCUAUACAUUACUGUUGCAUGUUGGAUAAAGUGGAAUGUUUAAAAUUGCUUCUUCGAGGCAAGCCAAGCUUAAAUGUAGUAAACCAGAGUGGUGAGACAUCUCUUGAUAUAGCAAGAAGAUUGAAGCGUGCACAGUGUGAAGAACUGAUCAGUCAAGCUGCUUUAGGAAAAGUUAACCCUCAUGUGCAUGUAGAAUAUGAAUGGCAGUUGCGGCAAGAAGAGAUUGAUGAAAGUGAUGAUGAUUUGGAUGAAAAGACCAGCCCAAUUAAAAAAGAGCGUUCCCCAAGGCCUCAGAGUUUCUGCCAUUCUUCCAGUAUCUCGCCUCAAGAUAAACUAAUGAUUCCGGGGCUUGGCAUAGCGCGAGAAAAGCAGCGCCUAUCCUAUGGAGUAUUUAGUAAUCAAAUGUACGGAAGUAGCACUGAUUCUCCAACAUCACCGGCCACUGAUGCCCCUCCUCUGCCUCCUAGAAAUCCAAGUAAAGUCCUUCCUCUAGGUCCCCAGGUCACAACCGGCAGCUCCACUCUGUCAAAGAAGAGGCCACCGCCCCCACCCCCCGGACACAAACGAACCUUAUCUGACCCACCAAGCCCGCUACCUCAUGGUCCCCAGAAUAAAGGUCUGAUUCCUUGGGGCAUAGACUCUGGUCCCCCACAAUUAAAUCGAACAGGAAGCAAGUUUGAUGGAUUGCCUCAACAACCAAGUACUGGAACUGGAACAACAAAGACUGCCUUAGGCCCUCGAGUACUUCCAAAACUACCUCAAAAAGUGUCCCUGAGAAAGAUUGAUAGUGUUCAUCACAGUUCAGUCGAUAAGUCCAGUACAGAGGCCUUCCAGAAACCGUCACAUACAGGGGACUUGCCCCAGAAACCGUCACAUACAGGGGACUUGCCCCAGAAGCCAUCACAUACAGGGGACUUGCCCCAGAAGCCGUCACAUACAGGGGACUUGCCCCAGAAGCCGUCACAUACAGGGGACCUGCCCCAGAAGCCGCCUCCCGGGGACCUGCCCCAGAAGCCGCCUCCCGGGGACCUGCCCCAGAAGCCGCCUCCCGGGGACCUGCCCCAGAAGCCACCUCCCGGGGACCUGCCCCAGAAGCCGCCUCCCGGAGAUCUGCCCCAGAAGCCCAAAGACCUGCCACCAAAACCACAAUCAGGAGACAUCCCACAAAAACCCCAUGUAGAUGUCCUCCAAAAGCAUCAGUCUGGGGAGGCAGCCCAGAAACCUCAGGCUGAAGAGAUUUCUCCAAAACAACUUACUGGAGACACGCCAAUGAAACAACCAAUUGAUGAUACGAAUGAUACGUUGUCCAGUUUGCCCGAGACUCCUGUGCCUCUGCCACGAAAGAUAAAUACAGCAAAGAAUAAAAUCCGAAGAGUGAAAACCAUAUAUGACUGCCAGGCAGAUAAUGAUGAUGAACUUACAUUUAUUGAGGGAGAGGUAAUAGUUGUAACUGGUGAAGAAGACCAGGAAUGGUGGAUUGGUUACAUCGAGGGACAGCCUGACAGAAGUGGUGUCUUUCCAGUCUCUUUCGUGCACAUUUUAUCUGACUGACCAUUGAGGAACUUGAGCAUCACAUUCACAACAGUGGGACCUUCUAUUCGAUAUAGUAAAGCACCCGCAGCUUCCCUAUUCAUGUGCAUACUUUGUACAUAAAUGAUCAAAAGUUCUUUUAUGCUCACCUCAUGAGGUGACUGUAUCUAGACGGUGUUAUUUGCCUUUGCCAGUAUUAUAGUAGCCUUGGAAUCUGGCACGCCUUACUCGGUGUACUACGGUCAACCAUGGCAUCUAGCACUUAAUAUGCUGUUGAUAGGAUAUAUCUCCUGCCUGCUUAUCAAACCAUAAGCAGUGUCAUUUAGUUAUUUAACUAUAUAAGCUUUUAUUCUCGAUUUCAUCUCAGUAUUCUGAAUAAAAAUAGAGUGGUUUUGCUAAGAAUACAGCCAGGUUUCAGUUUGCACUGAUCAUUUUUGUUCUCUUUCUAACAUGGAUGCUGUGCAUACUGUUCUUAAUGUACUCAUGGAAUUGUGUGUUAAUUGUAAGUGGUCAAAGUUACUUGCGAGUGAAUGACUGGGGAACUUAAAAAUUAUUUUACCUCAUCUUGAGGCAAUAUGUAAAGAAAUCCGUGCAAGGAUUUAUUGUCUGUUACAUCAGAUAACCAACUAAAUUGUUCAAAGAGGGCCUUUUGGCAAAUCCACUGAAAAUACAUGAACAUUAGGGAUUCAAAACCUUUAAGUUUGUUGUUAGUAUUUUAGAGCAGUGCUUGGAUUGCUAUUUUAACAAGUUGUUGAAAAAUUUCUGCCUCUUCUGCAUACAUUCCCAAUUAACCUUUCAUUAGGUUAAAUACAUUUAAAUUCUGUAAUGGUCAACACUGCAAUUGUAUUAGUUAAGUUAUAACAGUAAGAUUUGGAAGUUACUGAAGUACCUGGGGGAAAGAGGGGAUGGCAUUUCCUCCUGGCUUGGUGCUCGGUAUCUUGAAGCUGAUACUUAACAUUGCAACAACAGUGGUAAGGGAGGCUCUUAAUAAUUGGUGUUAACUACAAGUGGUAUAUGAUGCAGGCAGCAGCUGUACAGUACAUGGUGAAUGUGUACAGUUAUCAGUUUUAAAUAUUAAAUUGCAUAUGUUUACAUACGUAACUUGGAAUUGUGCAUCAAUGAUGUACGAUCUUUGUUAGCUGAAGAUACCAUUCCAAAAUCUGUUCAUUAUAUCUCCCUCCCUUCUCCCUUCAAAGUAUUAUACAUGUAUAUCAUAAAGUGCAGUGUUUCAUUGCAAGAAAGACAUUUAAUGCUAUUGUUCACGUUACAUCACAUGAAAUAUACUUUAUGCUUGAAUGUAUUCAAUCAAUUAUUGUUAUAGAUAAUUAACCAUUUAGGGAUGGGAGACCAAUGAGAGACUUUACAUUCUUUUUAAACAUACCUACAUAUUUCAACCUGGUUACUUGUGCUCUGAAAUAGAGAAUAAAUUGCAUUAUUUGCACAAAUCUUGAACUGCUUGGGAACAAAGUGACAGUGGAUCUUGAGUUGCUUAUGGCUUUAAGAACUAUACACCUUCAUAUUCAUUGUUGAUAAUCAGUUAUUCCAACUUGUAUUAGAGACCAAAAGUCAAUACAGAAUUAUCAAGAGGUCUGCAUACAUUUCAGGUAUUUCCAAGAGAAAGGGUGGGUCUUAUUAGUUCUUUAAAAUAUUCAGUUAAUAUUGGGUUGAUCUCAAUUCCAAAUGAAAGCUGUUUUCCUUUAAAAAGGAUGUAAUUUAAUUCUUAAGGUACAUAUGCUUAUAAGUAGAUAUAGAUGAAAGGGAAUUAAAAUCUUCAACCGAAUAUGAUGUUAACUCUGAGACUAGACUUCUUGCCUGGUGCUGCAUUGGGCUUGAAUUAUGUUAAAACUGUUGACAGUAAAAAUCCAAUUUUUAUUUCUCAAUAACAUUCAUGUCUACUGAUUAAGUGGCUGGGUCCCAAUUCUCCCCAGCCCUUUCCCUUCCUCAGCAAUAUGAAAAUUUCUGGCCCCAAUAAUUACAGUAGAUGUGAUGCGUUCAUUACAAACAACUGCAAAAGAUACUGGUUCCAUUUAGCAGAGUUUGGUUUGCUCAAGUUUUUCGUACAAGCCAUUGUGCAUAAAUGAGAUGUAAUAACAUUAAGUAUAAAUUCUUGGGCUUCCAGCCAGGUAAGUUAUCAAUUAUAACCACCAUUUAUAUUGAUAUUGUAUUGAUACCUAUACUCAGCUGGAAGCCAUAGAAGAGUUUAUUCAUCAUGUAUGCCGGGAAAGCACUAGAUCCUUUUACAUGGUUAAGUAUGUUCAGAAAGUUGAAUUGAUCGUGCAUUCUGCUUAAAGCCACAAUUGUGCGGUUAAUGAUUCAAAUAGAUUUAUUUAAUUUUUAAACUGUAACAUGGAUUACUUAUAUGAAUGAUAAACAACUACACUAGUUUUGUCAUUAACGUAUCCCUUUAUCAUGGAUUACGUUCCCUUAAAACUAGAUAAUGUAAAUCAGCUGGUACUAUCAAUCUACUGGAUGAAAAGGUGUACAGCUUACCAUAUUGUGUAUUUUCAUUUUUUAAUUAUGUAUAAGAAUUGCUGUAGGAAAAUAUUUUAAAAAGCAAACAUUGUUUGUGUUCAGAUAUUAUAUUGCAACAUAAAAUCCUGUGACAUGUUCCAAACUGAAUGCAGUGAUUUUCUCUCAUUCCUUCCAUCAAAGUAGUUAAUUAAGAUGAAUGCUGCUUCCUCCAUUUGUGCUGUAUCCUGCACCUUUUACAAAAUUCAGUCUUGCUUGUGUGGAAACCGUUAAAAUCAAUCAUCAUUAAAAUGAUUAUUUCAAAGGCAAAUUCAAUUUAUUAUCAAAGUACAUAUAUGUCACUAUAUACAACCGUGAGAUUACUUUUCCUACAGGCAUUCACAUUAAAUACAAAGAAACAGUAGAAUCAAUAAAAAAUUACACACAGAAAAGCAACCAAUGUGCAAAAGACGAGGAAUUGUGCAAAUACAACAAAAAGAUAACUAAGUAAUAAAUAGUAUUCAAAACAUAAAUUGUAGUGUCUUUGAAAGUGAGUCCUUAGGUUGUGGAAUCAGCUUAGUGUUAAAGUGAGUGGAAUUGUCCAAUGCUGGUUCAGAAGACUGAUGGUUGAGGUGUAAUUGUUUCUGAAUCUGCUGGUGUGGUAUUGCCAUAAAACUAAUCAACAUUAAGUGUAUGGUCAAUACUCAGUUAAUGGAGAAGAACAGAAUAGGUUUCAACAAAAGCACGAGAUUCUGCAGAUGCUGGAAACAAAUAUUUGAAUGGUACAGUAUCGGGUUGUCUUAAAAUUGCACUUAUGAAGUGGCUCCAAGAACUAUACCAACACCAUUGUACAAGAUAAUGAGAGGCAUUGAUCGUGUGGAUGGUCAGAGGCUUUUUCACAGGGCUGAAAUCGCUAGCAUGAGAGGGCAUAGUUUUAAGGUGUGUGGAAGAAGGUACAGAGGAGAUGUCAGGGGUAAGUAUUUUACAUAGAGAGUGAUGAGUGCGUGGAAUGGGAUGCUGGCAGCAGUGCUGGAGAUGGAAACAACUGGGUCUUUUAGAGACUCCUGGAUGGCUACAUGGGGCUUUGAAGAAUAGAGGGCUAUGGGUAAGCCUAGGUAGUUAUACGGUAAUGACAUCUUCAGCACAGCUUUGUGGGCCAAAUGGCCUGUAUU